CUUAAUCCUACCGCUUUGGUCCCUGGUUUAGGGCUGAGUCCCAGGGCUUGCCUGGCCCGUGCGAGCAGGUUCUUGCGCCUUUCCGUCGGGUCGCCUCCUGGCCCAGCGCCAUUCUCGCCAUCCGUUUCCCGAUGCUACAUUCGCGACUCCCUGCUGCGGUCUGUCGCAGGAAAAUCUGUGCAGUCCCAAAACCAAAAUGGAGUCUGCCCUCGCGAUAUCGCGGGUUACUGACUCUCGCCAUCGAGUCGUCGUGCGAUGAUACCUCGGUUGCGAUCGUCGAAAAGAAGACCGGUCCGUCUGGUGCCAUCGCAAAGACCCAUUUCCUCGAGAAUGUCACGGCAGACACGACCUCGUAUCGCGGCGUCCAUCCCGUCGUCGCCCUGGAGUCGCAUCAAGAGAACAUGGCAAAGCUGGUCAACAAGGCCCUGUCGCAUUUACCUACACCCUCGGAGGAUACAAAUGGAGGACAUGGUCUAUUACACCUUUCAAAUGACCCCACGCCACGUCGCAAACCGGACUUUGUGUCUGCCACCAGGGGCCCGGGGAUGCGAUCUAAUUUGUUCGUCGGGUUGGACACGGGUAAAGCGCUGUCGGUUGCGUGGCAGGUUCCCUUUGUCGGGGUCCAUCAUAUGCAGGCUCAUCUGUUGACGCCGCGUCUGGUGUCGUGUUUGGAACGUGCCCAAGACGAGGCGUCGGAGACCGUCUCGCCCAAGCCUACGACCCCUGAGUUCCCGUUCCUCUCGAUCCUCGUCUCCGGUGGGCAUACGAUCCUCGUCAAAUCGUCUUCCCUCACGGACCAUGAGAUCAUGGCGUCUAGCUCGGACGUGGCGAUCGGCGAAUCGCUGGACAAAGCGGCCCGGGAUAUCAUUCCCGAACCUGUGCUUCAGAGUGCGAAAACGACAAUGUACGGCAAGUUGUUGGAGCAAUUUGCGUUUCCAAACGGCAGCAUAGACUACGCCGACUACCGGCCCCCGAUGACGCGCGGCGAAGAGCUCGCCAAGCGUGAGACCCCCUGGGGCUGGUCCCUCACUACUCCCUUCGCCAAGACUCGACAGUUGGAAUUCAGUUUCGCAUCCAUCGCGACGUCGAUUACCAGGAUCCUUUCUGCGAAGGAUAAAGCCGGCAAGACCAUGGGCGACGAAGAGCGGGUCGUCAUGGCGCGUGAGUCGAUGCGCGUCUGCUUCGAGCAUCUUGCCUCCCGCACCGUCAUCGCUCUCGAAGCGCUUCGCGACCAGGGCACCGGCGACGAGGUAAAAACCCUCGUGGUCAGCGGCGGCGUUGCGGCGAAUCGCUUCCUGAUGACCGUACUCCGCUCCUUCCUCGAUGUCCGCGGGUUCGGGCACGUCAGUAUCAUCGCGCCGCCGCCCUCUCUGUGCACCGAUAAUGCCGCGAUGAUCGGAUGGGCGGGCAUCGAGAUGUUCGAGGCCGGCUGGCGCAGCGAUCUCAGCUGUCGGGCUUGGAGAAAGUGGUCUCUUGAUCCCCGCGCUGAGGACGGCGGUAUCCUGGGUCCGGCGGACUGGGUCAGGCUUGAACAAUCAUGAAACCACUGAAAAUGUACACUAGCAAACCCUUGUAUAAUACUGUCGCACGUCGCUCUACUCCCUCUCAUCGACAAAUGUAUAUAGAAUGAUGC